AUGCUUUAUUUUAAAUCAGAAUAUAUUUAUUUACUGGGGGUAAAGAUUAACAUAUUACUAUACAGGAUGCAAUAUAAAUCAAAGAAGAUUUCAUCAUACAAAUUAUAUUUAUUAGAUAUUAGUAAAUCAGCAUUUUAACCAUUUACUAAAGGUGUUUCUUAUUCUGAAGAAUAAUAAGUAUGGCAAAAUUUUGAUUUGAAAUAUUAUGUAUAUAAUUAAGAUCUCUAUAAUAUUAAUUUAAUAUUAUAAUUUUUUAAUUAUAAGAAAAAUUAAUUAAUAUAAUACAUUAAUUUAUUCUUGUGUGUACAAAAGAUAGAAAAAUAAGCAAUUAAACAAAAUCAAACCUAAGAUUAUGAGGAAAAGACAUUGUGGGGAUAUUGAAGGAGAAUUUUUAUAUUCAUUCAUGUGGAGUCAUUCAUGUGGAGAUGAUGCAACUCUUAGAUUAUGGAGUAAUUUUUAAAGAAAACAAAUUCUAUUUAAUAGAACUGUAUAAAUUUCAAUUUUAUUGAUAGAACACUCGAUGAAAAUGUUUAUGUAUCCUGAUAGUGUUAGAGGUAAAUUAAUAGGAGUGAAUUCUGAUUUUAUUAU